UCUCUGCGCAACACAGUUCAAAUCACAGAGAGGGAAAGAGAGCGAGCUGGCGGCAGUGGUUCAUUCUGCAGUGGCCAUAGCGAAAAUCUGUCUUCUCUGCAAAGUCCCUAGAGAUGCCAACUCUAUACAACGGAUUUUAUAGAUAUUCAGUUGAUUGCCUACCAAACGAAACAUCUAUUGCCUGAGAAAGAAUCUGCAUACAAAAUAUGUUCCCCAUGUGGCCACCCUGUCCUGUAACCAAUGGCAACAUCGGUCCAGACCCUUCCUCUGAGCCGUGACAGCAGCAAGACAUUCCGUGACCCCUACUCAACCCCUACCCGGCCCACCGCCCUACUGGCCCGGUGCAGUAUGGGUAGUGUAGGCAGCCUAGUAGAGCGCCCGGACGCGUCCCCAGCUAAAGGCAGCCGGGCCGGGCCCCAGGUGGGACCCAGACAGACCAACAGGUUAUUAAAGAAAGGCUUCAACCAGAGAGAGCUGCUCAACUACCUCAACAUCACCAGGAAAGAGGCCAAAGCGGGUAGUGGCCCAGGCAGCAGUAGGAAGGACAUCUUCUCCAGCAUGCAGUCCAUGAAGAGAGAGCAUGGACAUGAGGAGGAACACAUCAAGCUCUACUACAAAGACGGAACUGAGGUGGACGUGUCAAAGGACUCACUGCCCAUUGGAGGGAAAUAUGAGAAGUCUCGUCUCAGGCCAUCUGCCUUCAAGCCCGUCACACCUAAGAACUUCAGUUCCAUGCAGAACCUCUACCCUGCCAAGAUGGAGGACUCAGACCAGGGCCUGUCCAACGGGCUCCACCGGGCCUACGCACACACACCUAGAGCUGUCUCCACCUCCUCUUCCUCCUCCUCACCCUCCCGCCACGGAGGACCCACCUCCAGCGGAACCAAGGCGGUAGCGUCAGUGCGUGGUCUGAGUCAGGAGGAUGAGAACCUGUCAGACUCUGGUCAUAACUCCAUGAACAGUCUUCCUCCAUACAGACCUCCCUUCAGACCACAGCUGGCUCACAUCAGUGCCUCCAUGGGCCACAUCAACUCCAUUGGCUCUCUGGACCGAGCAUCAAAGGUUGUGGGGUCGUCGGGGGUCGCCAUGGCAGAGAUGGCCAUGUCGUGUCGUAGCAUGGCAACGCUCAGCCGCCUGGCGCCAUACGCAGGGGAGGCUCCACCCCCUUAUGAACUGUCACUCUCUGUAGGGGAGGUGGUGCGUGAUCUGGAGGAGAGGCUGGUGGAAAAGGAAGUCGAGCUGAAACAGAUGAGGAGGAACCUGGAUGAGAGUGAAGGAGCCAUCGCACAGGUGUUUGAAGGUAAACAGCGUCUGUGGGAGAAGGAGUUGGAGGAGCUGAAGCAUCUGUACACCGCCAAGCUGCGUCAGGUUUCCCAGCAUGCUCAGCAUUCAGAGCGUGCACUGCAGCUGCAGCUGUACAAGGCCCAGCAGGAGAAGAACAGACUGCAGGAGGAACUGGAUGCUCUGAGGGGGGGUAGACAGAGAGAGGGUCAGGGGAGUCUGAAGGAAACCAGCUCUACUCUGGAGGAGACUCAGUGGCAGGUGUGUCAGAAGUCGGGUGAGAUCUCGUUGUUGAAGCAGCAGCUGCGUGACUCCCAGGCGGAGGUGACCAGCAAGCUGUCAGAGCUGUUCCAGCUGAAGACCCAGCUGAGAGAGACCAGAGGAGAGCUGCAGAGCCGUGAUGGACAGAUAGACAUGCUGCAGACAGCCCUACAUGGUGCGCAACCACGACGACAGGGGAAAGGGGGAGCGGAGGAGAGUGGGACACUAGAGUCUCGAGGAUCAGGAGGGGCAUCAGGCUCUACAGAGGAGCGACUGCGAGCAGAGCUGUUGUUAGAGCGUCGUCAGAGCGAGGCCCAGGUUUCGGCUUUCGAGCAGGAGAGACAGACGUGGCAGACAGAGAAGGAGAAAGUGAUCUGCUACCAGAGAGAGCUGCAGGCCAGUUACCUGGACAUGUACCACCACAACCAACUACUGGAGACAGAAUUAUACCAGCUCAGAGGAGGAGGAGGAACGCUGGAGAGGGAACUGCAGGAGGUGAGGGGAGGAAGAGGAGGAGAAGGAGGAGGAGGAGAGAUGGGAGACUACAGUAAUGAGUCACUGGAAAGGGAAGUGCAGGAGGUGAGGAGAGGAAGAGGAGGAGGAGAGAGAGAAAGAGGAGAGGAAGACAGUAAACCUCCCCCUGGUCUUCCCUGGAUAGAGAGGAUAGAGUCGUCUGAGAUUUGACUGAGUGGACACUGGGGGGGUGGGGGCAUUCCAAACCAAACACUCGCCACCUCUUCCUAUCUCUUUGAUGAAGACUCAGACUUCUUACAGACUUGAAAAGACAGGAGGGCCCCAAUCCAAACCAAAUCCUCACCCUUCAUCUCCAUGUCCUUGUGGAGAACCCAGUUCCAAUUCCAAAACAACUCUGCACUCCUACACUCCUAGACCUGUAUGAACUAGACUGAAUAGUGUGCAUGUAUAAUCAGCAAUACAAUGGUACACCCUCUCUGGUACUAUUUAUUGGAGGUUCCACUACCUACUUCCUGUUUCAAACCUCCAAUCAAUGACAGCUUCCUGUUUCAGUCCACAAAUCAAUGACAGCGUAUUAAAGUCGAGAACACUGUACAUUCCCUCAAGCACGACCCUGACCAAACCUCAUUUUAGAGGGCUGCUUGUAUGUACAAAUGAUAAUGAUAAUAAUAAUAAUAACCUAUUUGUAAAUGUUACUUCAUCUAAUUUAGUUCUGUGUGUAUAUAAUCAACCAGUGUGUUCCUCACAGCUGUUCUGUGGGCUAGUUGAAGUUCAGACACUGACUGGGGUAAAGUGGCACCCUGUACCCUGUAUAGUACACUAUUUUUGACCAGGGUCCUGUAGUAGUAGUGCACUAUAUAGGGAAUAGGGGGCCAUUUCAGAUGCACCCUAGGACAUUGUGCAAAAGGAUCUAAAGGGAUUUAGGUUUUGUCCCGGUGAGGUGAGGUGUGGUGUGGUGAGGUGUGGUGUGGUGAUGUGUGGUGAGGUGUGGUGAGGUAAGGUGUGGUGAGGUGAGGUGUGGUGAGGUAAGG